UCAUUCUGUACUGGUCCUGGCACGCGAUAGUUCAUACAGAUAUAAUAUCAUCAGAUGUAUUCCAAAUAUAAUGUUUACCUGCUUAUUAUUGUGACUAACGGACUCACAGACGUUUAAGGCAAAGGGAAAGGGUGUGCUUCGAUAUCACUGCAGUCAUGCUGUCGAGACUAAGCACAAGCGUGAGGCCGUGUGUGAGUGUGUGUCGCUGGAUUCACACUAAAGAGAAGGGGAAACCACUCAUGCUCAACCCACGUACCAACAAGGGCAUGGCGUUCACUCUGAAGGAGCGACAGAUUUUGGGCAUUCAUGGCCUGUUGCCACCAAAGAUUGAGACCCAGGACACGCAGGCCAUCCGCUUCCAGAAGAACCUGAAGAAGAUGUCUGAUCCUCUGCAGAAAUACAUCUACCUGAUGGGGAUUCAGGAGAGGAACGAGCGUCUCUUCUACCGUGUGUUGAUGGAAGACAUCGAGGCUCUGAUGCCCAUCGUCUACACGCCCACUGUUGGCCUUGCAUGCACACAGUAUGGACACAUCUUCCGUCGGCCCAAAGGUCUGUUUAUCUCCAUUAAGAAUCAAGGACACAUUCGUUCCAUAUUGGAUAACUGGCCAGAAACCUCUGUUAAGGCUGUAGUUGUGACGGACGGUGAGCGUAUCUUGGGUCUAGGAGAUCUGGGAGUGUAUGGGAUGGGUAUUCCUGUUGGCAAGCUGUGUCUGUAUACUGCCUGUGCUGGAAUCCGACCUGAGAGUUGCCUACCGGUCUGCAUUGAUGUGGGCACUGAUAAUGAGACGUUACUAAGAGAUCCCUUCUACAUGGGUCUGUAUCAGCGGCGGGACCGCUCUCAGCGAUAUGAUGACCUCAUAGAUGAGUUUAUGGAUGCUGUGGUGGAUAAAUAUGGACAGGAUACACUUAUCCAGUUUGAGGACUUUGGAAAUCACAACGCUUUCCGCUUCUUGAAGAAAUACCGUGAGAAGUACUGCACCUUCAACGAUGAUAUCCAGGGCACUGCAUCUGUAGCUCUGGCAGGUCUACUGGCAGCUCAGCGUGUGGUGGGGAAGCCAGUAACUGAACAUAAAGUUUUGUUUCUGGGAGCUGGAGAGGCAGCUCUUGGGAUUGCUAACCUGAUUGUCAUGGCGAUGAUGGAGGCGGGGGUGUCUCAGACAGAUGCCAGAAAGAAGAUCUGGAUGUUUGACAAAUACGGUCUGCUAGUAAAGGGCAGAGCUUAUGAGACAGACAGUAAUCAGGAGGCUUUUGUCCAUGCUGAUCCAGGGGACGUGAAAAGCUUCUUAGAUGCCGUCAAUGUCAUUAAACCCACUGCGAUCAUUGGUGUGUCAGGAGCUGGCCGGCUCUUCACUCAUGAUGUCAUCAAAUUAAUGGGCAGCUUGAACGAACGACCAAUCAUCUUUGCGCUGAGUAACCCCACCGCCAAAGCAGAGUGCACCGCUGAAGAUGCUUACAGCCUCACACAGGGUCGGUGUUUGUUUGCCAGUGGCAGUCCAUUUGCCCCUGUGUCAUUGGAGGAUGGCAGAAUACUGACCCCUGGACAGGGCAACAAUGCUUAUAUAUUUCCAGGUGUUGCUCUGGCUGUAAUUCUCAGUGGAGUCAGACACAUCAGUGAUACGAUAUUCCUCGAAGCAGCAAAGACACUUGCAGAUCAGCUUACAGAUGAGGAUCUGAGUCAGGGCCGACUGUACCCCCCCCUUUCCAACAUCAGAGAGGUGUCUUUACAGAUGGCUGUGAAGGUGGUACAGUAUGUAUAUUCAAACGGAAUGGCAUUCAGAUACCCAGAGCCUAUGGAUAAGGACGCUUACGUUCGAUCAACUGUGUGGAACACCAACUACGAUUUGUUCCUUCCCGACAUGUACAACUGGCCCGGAGUAUCUCACAGCCCCAUAGUGGACUAGAUGAACACAUGAGAACAUACAAACAAGACAAGAGAGAAACGGAACAAAAAGAAGGAACUCUGAAGGAAGUUUUGAUGCUACAGAUUUAAGCACUCCAUGUUUCCCUGCUGCUUGUCUAUUUUAGUAUUUAUUCAUAUUUCUCACCCUUUAUUUAAAUGAUGUAAUCUUAGUUUACAGAUCUUAGUUAUAGUUGAGUUUACAGCUCAACUAGAACAUGUCCAGGUCACAUUUCAAUCCAAAAUAUGAAAAUGAAGACCUGUGGCGUUAGAGAGUGGCAUUAUUUGAAUGACAUUUAAGCCUCUCCUCACUAAAAUAUGCAUGCAUUAUGGCAGUAUUGCACAUUGUGUUACAGUAUGUUUUUGUUUUUGGACAGAAAUGUGCUUAUUGACAUGAAAAUAAUGCCUCAAUUGACUCUCAAUGAUUCUAAAAAUAGGCUUUAUUUUCUUUAAGCAAAAUGUAAUGUUUCUUUAGAUUUUGGGGUGAAAUGUGUUCCUGUGAUUCAAUCUUAUUGCUUAUUACAGCCAGUUGUCUUGUGUUUUUAAUAGUGUGCCUUGACACUCCAUAUACUCGUUGUGUUUCUGUUUCCUGUUAAAUCUGUCACUGUCGUUUAGUCUCUUAAAGGAUCCACCCCUUUAGUAGAGGAGGAGCUACAGGGAGCGAAGUUAAAGCGGAGGAGACAGCAGGUUAUAUUACACAGAAUCAUGUUGUUCUUGCAUUAUGUCAUAUAUCUCGGUCUCUGUGGUCGUGACUGAUCUGUAAUGGUUUUAGAGCAUUGACGAGCAUCAAAUAUUUACACACUUAUACCAGAUCGUGUCAUGUAACACUCUGUCAGCCAGUAAUUAUUGUGAAAUAAACCCUGACAGGGUCAUUUUGUGUCAAGUUUAUUUUACGAUAAUGACUUGCUGACUGUACUUUCUAAUUACACGGCAACUUACAAAAUCAAUAAAUAAAUGGACAAUAAAUAUUGAUUUGAGGUGAAAAUAUUAUGCGAGAACAGAGCGCAGGGCCAUAUGAAAAACAUGAAACUAGCACAGCUAUGUAGGAAAUCAGUAGCCUGCAAUACCGGCCAAUUGUACAAUUUGGCGGUCAAUAUCCAAACCAUAUUUGACAGCAGAAUAAGCGGACAUAACUUAGCAUUCCAUAAAGCUGUUUAGUGAUCGCUAGUCAAAGCUGAAGUACCAUGGAAAGUGCCCGCUUAGGUUAUUUUCACACUGGGCACGCUUGCUGCGGGCCGAAUCGGAGUGCGAUUGUUCCUGGUGCCCCCUACCGCAUUGGUCUGGUUUCAGGCUCGUGUAUGAUUCUGUCGAACCCUGGUUCUUUUACGUCAUCAACUUGCGUCAUCACAAACAUGCACAUGAUGUAAAGCACAAUGCGGGACGCUAUAUUUGUGUGUUUGUUAUUCAUUUUGUCAAGCACACCAGAGUGAACUACACUUGCGCCUCAUGCUGUAAUUCAGCAGCUGUAAAUGUCCAGGAGAAGGAGACUUUAUCUGAUGCUCACAAACAAUCUUUUUUGAGGACACAGCUGCUUGUGCACUCACUCGCAUAUAUAAAAGGCACCUCACAUUUUCUGUGUCCCGCAAGGUUUCCCUGCCACUCAUGAUGCACGAGUGUGUGUUUGUGUUUGUGCAACUGAUGAUGUCAUCAUGCUUAAAUCGGUAAAACGCAUGCGCAAGUCAUUUUACUUCCUGAACACGUGCAUCCCGAGGACAGGUGGCUUUCUCACUCAUGCAAACUGCGCAAGGGUCCCAGUGCAGCUGAACUCAGUAGUCUCUCGGGUUCGGUACCAUGGUGUGCUUCCCGGUCCGCAUGACAGCUUUCACAUUACCAACUUUUUAUAUGAACCGUGCUCUGUUUCGGACUAAACUGCCAGUGUGAACAAGUCAUCAUACAGUGUGUUACAUAUUUUACAUGCCAUUCUGUGUUCAGUAGCCAAAGAUCACCAUAGAAUCAAGUUUUUAGAUCAUGAUUAAAACUUUUGUGAAAUAGUCUUGUACUGAAAACUUGACUCUAAAAUGUACACUGUUGAUUUUCUACAAGCAGAAUAAAUCUAAAAUUUUUGCAAUAUAGUUUAUAUAUUACAAAAAUGCCAAAAGUGAUUGAAAUAAAUGUAAAAUGAGACAACCUUGGCCAAAGUUUCUUAACAUUUUAUUUUUUAUAAAAUUAUCAUACUCUGUUUGUAUUCAGAAUAUAGCUUUCCCCCCUUGAGGGGGAUCUUUAGUGCUGUUGUACACCAAUCAAGAAUGUAUGCAUUUUUAAUGCUUUUCAAUAAUGACCCGAAGGACCAAAGGAGGGUUACCCUCUUAAACCCGGAGCGACUCUAUACCGGGCCACAGGGGGGCGCUAAGCACACUUUUUUUAUUAUUAUUAUGGUAUCAUUAACAGUGGCUGUUCUAACUUGUAUGUCGCCCUGGGCAAACCCCCUUUAGCACCCCUCCUGAAGGGGGGUUCCGUGCCACCCCCGUCAAGAUGCUGCCCAUGUCACCCGUACCUAAAUCCGCCACUGAUUAUUCAACAGCCCCUUGCUUAAUCUGCACAAAUUAGGUGCCGUUUUAAAGCUUAGACUCUUAUAUUUACAAUGACUAUAUCUGACCAAUUCUAAAAUACUGAUUUAAAAUUUGCAAGACCUGUAACAAGAUAACACAGCCAUUUGUUACAUAUCAUUGGAAAGGUCUUGAUGAGUAGAAUAUAAUGAGCAAAUGUGUUUCAUUUGCAUUUGCAUUUAUACAUUUGGCAGACGCUUUUAUCCAAAGUGACUUACAGAGCCGUUAUUACAGGGACAAUCCCCCCGGAGCAACCUGGAGUUAAGUGCCUUGCUCAAGGACACAGUGGUGGUGGCUGUGGGGAUCGAACCAGAGACCUUCUGAUUAACAGUUAUGCGCUUUAGCCCACUACACCACCACCACUCCACACAGUGAGUGUGGAGACUCUCUGAGGAGAGGUAUAAAGUCAAGCCGGAUGCGGCAGUUCGGGAGAGAGAGAGCC